ACAAAGGGUCGUAUGAGACGACGACAACAAUAACCCAAUUGAUCAAAGAUUCGUCUCUUCCUCUCCUACACACGUUCCAUUUCCCCCGCUCAAAGCCCUAGCUCCGACCUUCCCCACGCGCUCCAUUGGAGAACCUUCCAGAUUCUCUCUUUCGCUUUAUUUUCAUCUCUUUCAAUUCUCAAACAAGCUUCUUCUAGGGUUUUUCCGCCCCUUGCUUUGCUCAAUUCCUCCCAGAGAUAAUACCAUUUUCGGCCGCUCUACUGUUUACGUUUCCUUACGCCUGCCUUAAACAAUCCCUAGAGCGACAACCGUCCUCUGAAAGUUUCAGGGUUGGGCUGCGCAGAAUUAAAAUUCUAGUGUUUUCUGAGUAGAAAGUGAUUCAAGUCAAUGGAUGACUGGGAGGAUGAGAACAUUCCACCACUGCAGAAGGAGCAACCAAAGAACAAAUGGGAUGAUGAGGAUGUGGAUGACAACGAUGUGAAGGAAUCCUGGGAGGAUGAAGAUGAACCUGCACCGGCUCCAGUAGUUAAACCUCCUCCUGAAGCUGCCCCAAAGAAGCCGGCUGCAAAAGGUACUGAGAAGAAAGGGAAAGUUGUAGUACCUGAACAGCCUCUAGAUCCAUUAGCUGAGAAACUUCGCCAACAAAGGCUAGUGGAAGAAGCAGAUUAUAAAUCCACUACAGAAUUGUUUAAAAAGAAAGGCGAUGAGAAGACUCUCGAUAAUUUCAUUCCAAAAUCUGAGAGUGACUUCUUGGAAUAUGCAGAGCUGAUCUCUCAUAAACUCCGCCCCUAUGAGAAAAGUUUCCAUUAUAUUAAUCUGCUCAAAGACGCCAUUAGACUGUCGAUGGUUUCUUUAAAAGCAGCGGAUGCAAAAGAUGUUGCUUCGUCCGUCACUGCACUUGCAAAUGAAAAACUAAAGGCGGAGAAGGAAGCGAAUGCUGGUAAAAAGAAGACGUCUGUGAAGAAGAAGCAGCUCCAUGUUGAAAAGGCAGAUGAUGACUUGAUUGUCAAUGCCUAUGAUGAUGUCGAUGAUUACGACUUCAUGUAAUUGUUCCAGUUCCGUAUCUAUAUCGAGUCUCAUCAGUUUUUGACCUGCGAAUGGAGGUCAGAUUAUUCGGCACAUCUCACCCAUUUUAAUACACAAAUAGAUUGAUUCCCCCGAGUGUCGUGUCUAAAUAAGGUUUAUGUAUUAGACUUGUGUAUGGCAUGUCAUUAUAAAUUUUGCUCUUUUACUUCAUUUUUUUUGUUCAAUAGAGAUGGUUCAAGUCGCCUUUGAGAAUGUACAAGAAUGCGUGGUCAUUUCAACUCAUAGUGUCAAGUUUUGUAUGUCGUGAAAAUGCUUCCCCUUCUACCUGAAUUACAUUUUCUUGCAAAUGGUCGGUUGGUUUUAUUAAAAAAAAA